AUGAAUAUUCUGACUCUCCUCGUCUUCUGCCUUCUGGCCAUCACGCCUCCAGUCAUCGCUCGUGGACUUCGUUGCCAUUCGAGCACUCAAUGCGACUACGAAUCCGUCUGCUACGAGGGAUACUGCUACACUAUCGAUGAGAUGUUCGACAACAUUGAGGCGAUUCUUCCCGGCACCAAAACCUCUCGUUCCAAAUCGAUUCCAGUCGGAAAAGCGGGGAAGGUGUUUGAGAUCGGGGGCAGAGGUCUAUCCAGAAUAUUCUCAUUCAGGAGCAUUGGAUUGGCCAUUCGUUGUGCGAACUGUUGCAUGUUUCGCUCUCGUUCUCUCAUCAAUCUGUCGACGACUCGCAGAUUUUCCGGGGCGAGACCGACACCAUUCGGACGGCUGUAUGGACCGAGACGACUCGCACACUUCAUGAAUGGAUCAAUCGAAAUCAUUGGUUUGUGUGGUGCAUAUACUGGACGAUUCGGACUUCUUGCUCUAUCAUUCACUAUCAUGAAAUCUUCAGUCGCACGAGAUGGUCAAUCUGAGCACGAGCUGCACGUACAGCAUCAGCUGGCUGUGUUUCGAGAACCGGUUCUCCGUCGACGAAUACCAUGUCUGGUGAAGCUCUUCGCACGUUAUCAUAAUGGCGUGACGGCGAAGAAGUGA